AUGUUUGGACCGUGGGCCUGGAUUCAACCAGGGGUGCCGUUCCGUUUCAAACGUGAAACGGAGAUUUUUCCCCCAGUAGUGAGCGGACAAACAUCUCGAAAGAGAAAGGCUUGCAUGAACAUUUCCGACGUCAAAUUUUACGAACGGCUGAACGGAUCGGUACCGGUAGCGGGUCGUGGUUGGCGAUGGGGUUGGCAGAAGCAACAGAAGCGAGAAGGAGAUGAGCUCUCUGAGCAUAGUAUGUCUGAGUGGAUGGAUGCAUCACACAUUCAUGCUGAGAAGGAAAGCGUGUUUGGUCUGGAUAAAGGCCGUAAGGAUACUGUCGUUCAGCCUGUGGACUGUUCUCCCGUCAGUAUCAAAGUGGCACUCAUCCUGAACCAGACAUAUCGGCCUCUCAAGGUCUCAGUAUUGAGGCAGUACUGGAACUCGUAG